UGAAAUAUCGUAAAAAGGAACGUAUGCUUCUGUAUUUCAUUAAUAUCGUAUAAAUCUUUUCGUAAAUAAUUCUACAUGACUUGUAAAAAUUCAAUGUUUCGUUUAUGAUUUAUACAUUCACAAUACGAAGACGGUGAAUAAUAAUUCAGUGUGUUUAUUGCUUACAUGGUUACGGUAAUGUUGCGAUUAUCACAGGAAAUAAUUUAGUGAGACCCCAUAAUCAAUUGAAAAUAUUCCAAGAUGAUUCAAGACGAUGACUUCGAAGAACAGGCCCUGACCCUAGAGCGUAUCAAAGCUCUAGGGUACAAGCCUCAGAAGGAACUCCUGAUCAAUCUUCUAUUACCAUAUGCUUCGGAGUUUGAUGAAGAAUCGGCAAAAUUUCUCGAAGAAGUUAAGACUAAUCUAGCUAAAGCAGUGAUGCUGCGGGAAAUGAAACCUUCAUGUGGAGUUUGGUCAUCGAGGCUCAUGAAGUAUCUAAGACUGUAUGGAUUGAAAAUGUCAAAAGAGGAUCACAUCGCUCUGAUAAAAUUAGCAUUUGAACUUGUUCUCAUUCCAGACUUAGAACCUUGUAAAGUUCACAAGUUUGCCACUUUGUUUCUGAUGCUCACAAAAAAGAGAUAUUUAAUUUCGCCAGAAGAGCUAACACUACCAUGGCGCCCUCUGUACGAGAUGGGGAAGAAAAUAUUUGACAAAAGUGAAACUGCUUUAGGAAUGUACCAUUAUUUGGGGCAAAAUUCUAUGAAACAAGGUGUAGAUAAGCUCGACGUGAUUCGCAAAUUCCUGUCCGGUAAUGGGCUCGAUGACGCCCUUGCUCUGUUUGGACUUGCGUCACAACACGAAUCUGAAUUUCCAACAUCUCUAGAAGGGACAUACUUGACCAUGAUUAAUUGUGCAAAACCGUACUUUGAAUUGAAUGCUACAAAAGAAAUUCUGGAAGAGUUUUUACCACAAAUAUCACCUUGGUCGUCGGAUUCUCAUCCUGUGUCCCAGCUGUCAUUAUUCCUACCAGUGGGCCUGGCCCCCAGUCAAGCCGACUAUGGCCAUAAACUAUGGUUUGAUAAACUAACUGAACUAUGGGAAACCUGUUAUAAUCCACAAUUUGGAAUCAGUGAAUUGAUAGCGUUGUUUGCGGAUUUGUCAAAGCGGAACCCGGGCGCGGUGGACUGGACGCCUCAUGUGCCCAAAAUGUUCAUGUUCAUACUACAUUCGCUCAAUUUACCCGUCAGUUACAAAGAUAUGCAGUGCAGCAGGAACUAUAACUUAGAUAUAAAGCAAGCGGCAACAUGGAUAGUGUGGAACAUAAAGCCGGACGGUGUGGUGCUGAAACAGCUCAAGAGCUUCCUGGGCGGCAUCGAGAGCUACCUGCACAGCGCCAACGCCGGCCGCUGGUCCUUCAAGCUCAGAGAUCUCCUCAGGAAGUUGGCUCGCGAGUUCCUAAACAGAGUGCGCAAAGAACGCGUAAAGAAGUAUCUCGAGAGCUGGGAGAACAAAACUCCGGAUGAGUUAAGGCUGAGGGACGAAGACGUGACCGAGUUUGUGAAGAUAAUGCUGGAGCCGACGCUGCAGGCGCGCCUGCGCUCGCUGCUGGCGGACACCGCGCGCAUACAGGACGAGGCGCGCUUCGACCUCAUCUGUGAGGCCGGUAUCACGCCCUCCGCAUUGAAGGCUCUGCAUGCCCUAUAUGAUCUUUCCAUCAAUAUUUAUACAUCGGUGCGCAUACUGUCGCAAAUCCGUCUGUACUGGAUGCUGGGGCACUACCCGUACUCGUACCGCGCGCUGCUGCCGCGGCUGGCGCAGCUGCUGGCGGCGGGCGGCGAGGGCGCGGAGGCGCACGCGCGGCACAAGGGCGCGCUCUUCAUCAUGCUGGGCCCGCGCGCCGCGCCCCUUCUCGCCAAGCAGGACUGGCAGGUUCUGCGCACGCUGGCGCUCGCCCUGUUCCGGGCGCCGCUCAGCGAGAAACCCACCAUUAUGAAAUUAGAGCAAGCAUUUGGUGAUUCUUUGCACCGUAGUUUUCCAACAGUGAACACUCGCUUGAAGAUAACGCAGGCAGCUUGCGACGCGGCUAAGUAUUUCCUAAACGAGACUCAAAUGAACGAGCCCACCUUCGCAGAGAUGCUGCGAGAGGCGGAGGCUAAAGAGAACCAGCUGUCUGAUGACACUGAGAAGAUAUACAAGGAUUUUAUGGACGAAUUGAUUGAUAUAGCCACAUCGCCUAAUAUAACAUGGCGUCGUUUGGAACUGAUAAUGCAGAUACUAACAUCUUGCUCGUCCCUACAAACUCCGUACCCGCCGCGUGCGGUACAUUUCAUGGUACACGCGCUGGUACACGACGAUAUUGCGGUACGCCGGUCCGCGCUGCGCCUUGUCGCGUUCUGCUUUCGACAGCGCAAGAAGAAGAUCGUCAAGAUGACGGUCGAUCCGUACGAGGUCGCCGGCGUACCUAAACCAGAAGUACACGUACCAGGUUAUAGAAAAGACCUGGAGUGGGUGAUGUGGGACAAGGACUACGUUCCGCAGACCGACGAGGAGUGGGACAGGCCCUGGCUCAGGAAAUCGCACUACGGAUUUUACUGUUGGCCCAAAAGACUCGAGGUGGCAGCACCAUCGCAUCAACAGUUCUCCUUCACGGAACAGAAAGUAGAAGACAUGGAGGAAGGAGAGCGACAUAUAUUUGAAUUCUUCUUUGACGAUGCAAACGUGGAUCGUCUCGUCGCCUUCCUUACUGUGGAAGAGAAAAAGGGAAAAGAUAAAUUCAACGGCAUUCGCUUUGUUCUAUUUAAAUUAUUAUUCAGUCAUUUUGGUGAGAGAAUAGCGUCGAAGUUGUUAUCGCACGCACUGCGCUGCGCCAGCGACCCGCAGGAGGCGCCGCAGCGGCUGGCGGCGGAGCUAGCAGCGGCCGCGCUCUCCGCGCCGCGCUACUGGUCAAUGCGCCGAGCCACGCUCAUGCACAACACCGCACUCGAUAUCAUUAAAGCUGGUCUGACCGCGGUGACGGCGGAGACCAUCGAGGAUUGGGGCACGUGCCUGGCCACCGGCGUCGACAGGCUGGACCCGCGCCGCAGCGGCCGCGUGCUCACCGCACUGCUCGACUUCUGCGCGCCGGAGAGCGCCGCCGCCCCCCACGACCACCAGGCCUCCUUCGUGCUCUGCGCCAGGCUCAUCGCGCUGCAGGGUGCAAUAGGAACGCUGACGUGGCGCGCGGCGCCGCUCGCUGCGGAGCUCCUCAAACGGCUGGAGUCUACCAACUUCAUACAACAUCCCUACCAGAACGUGCGGGAAACUGUCGGCAGCGCUCUGAUGACGAUAUUCGACACGGAGCUGGUGUUCCCGGGCGGCGCGGAGGGGCCGGCGCCGCGCCUCGCCGACUUCCUGCGCGCCGUGCGCCCGCGCCUCGCGCCGCUCUACGACGAGCACGGGGACAUUGUGGUGAAGAGCGUGGCGACCAUCACGAUGCCAUGCAGCGUGCAGAGCGGCAGCAUGGAGGCGCUGCCGGCGCGCGCGGCGCUGCGGACUGCGCGCGCAGGCAACGCUGCCAGCGCCGCGCACCACGCACACCAUGACGUCACCGCACAGGCGAGUACGAGUGCGAGCGGCGAGGGCGAGGCGGAGGUGGAGGUGGAGGGUGAGGGCGAGGGCGAGGUGGAGGGCGGGGAGGUGCUGGAGCUGCAGCUGGAGAAGCAGCUGGACCCCGUGCCCGCCGCCAUACGCACCGCGCUCGCAGACUUCCGCAGGACGCACCAGGACGACUGGCAGAAGCACCGCGACCAGCUCACUGAACAGGAACUAGACCUACUCUCGGACCUCACGUCGCCUCCAUCCUAUUUUGCAUAAAUCAAAUACAGACAAGGGAUUAUCGUAUUAAGGUGGAAACUUAUCGUCUAACACCGCUUGUACCUUGUUUAAAUCUUUUAUAGCUUUCCAAUUCUAUUCUAUGUUAUUUUAGGACAAAUCUUUUGUUCCUUAUCGAUUUCUGGUAUUUACGGUAACGGGUUUAGGAUUUUACCAUUUACAAUAACGCUAAUACAGUUAGUAUUAUCGUCAACGGUUGUUUCGUUACAAAAUCAAGCUGUCGUUAUUGUAUUUGGUAUUUUUAGUUGUAUACUGCGAUUUAUAGGGAAAUUUAUCUAUUAGUUAGCCAUAAAUAUUUUAACAUAUAAUAAUAAUAAUAGUUUAAUGUGUAUUGGAAGGGACUGGAGAAAUGGUCAUUGGGUAGGGAAAAGUUAGUCUUUAACUAAUUUGAGUUCAUAAUAACUACAUUCUUGAUAAAAUUAAUACGCGAGUGUCAUCAACUCAGGACAAACAUGUGAUUUCGUUUCUAUUAUCGCACAAACACAAUUGCUUUAUACUUUGAACCAAAUACUGAAGUUUUGAGGGUAUAUUAUUGUUGUUUACACUUAGUGAUAAAUUAUUUUCUUAUCUGUUUGAUAAAAUAGCCAUGGCUAGGAAUUAAAUUACGACGGACAUGAAGAAAGUAAUCGUUUUGUAUCCAUUUAUAAGAAAUUACAUACUGUAAAUAAAAUUAUUUGUUUAAUAAAACAUUUGAAAGAAUUGAUUUCUCAUUUUAUGGAUGCAUUCGCCUUAAUUAUAAAAAAGACUAAUGGUUAGCUAAAUUAAUUUAUAUUUUCCAGCUGAAAAAUUAAGAAUGUAUUGUAUUUGUCUAAUAACUUGGCUGGACGGUAUAUCGUAACUUACCGAAAUGUAUAGUUCCAUUCAAGGCCACCUGCAAAAAAA